AUGCCGGAUCAACAAUAUCCUCACGCUGGGAGUUCACCACCAGCGCGCGACAGCGCUGUGAAUGUGGAAAAGCCAGACAACAAUGUUGUCUCUACGGAGUCGAAUCUGGAAACGAAACAAGUCACCCCCGAAGCAGGUAGCACGCACUCGAAAUCGACGGAGGAUUCGUCGGCGGCCAAGAACCCGGCAGACGAGCAUGAGUGGAUUCAGGGAAUACCGUUGUUUAUGGUCCUGGCGGGAGUGACGCUGGUGGUGUUUCUGAUGUUGUUGGAUGUGGCCAUUUUAUCUACGGCUGUUCCGGAAAUCACGAGUCAUUUUCACUCUUUGGAUGAUGUCGCUUGGUAUGGUAGUGCAUAUACGAUAUCGAGUGCGGCUCUUACGCCUCUGACGGGGAAGUUUUAUUCGCACUUUAGCUCGAAGUGGACGUUUCUUUUCUUCUUCGGUCUCUUCGAACUCGGAUCUCUCCUCUGCGGCGUGGCGAAUUCGUCGAAAAUGUUGAUUAUUGGACGUGCUGUCGGUGGUAUGGGCGGUUCGGGAAUGGUCAACGGCGCGUUGAAUAUUAUUGCUGGAGCGGUGCCGAUGCAAGGACGACCUCCGUUGAUCGGAAUCAUGAUGGGUGUCGGACAAUUAGGGCUUGUCCUGGGUCCUCUCAUCGGCGGUGCCUUCACCACCUACUCCUCCUGGCGAUGGUGCUUCUACGUCAACCUCCCCAUCGGCGGCCUCGUCGCCAUUCUCCUCGUCUUCACCAAGAUGCCCGAACAAGUCCCCAAACGCCCGCCCAUGGAAGUCUUCCGCGACAACUUCGUGGCCAAAUUCGACUUCCUCGGCUUCGUCCUCUUCGCGCCCGCCGCCAUCCAACUCCUCUUGGCCCUCCAGUACGGCGGACACGUAUACGCAUGGAACAGCUCGCGUGUGAUCGGCCUGUUCUGCGGUUCCGGCGCGACCUUCAUCGUCUUCUUCCUCUGGGAAUGGCGCGAGGGCGACAACGCUAUGAUCCCGCUGCGGAUUCUCGGUCGCCGGACCGUCUGGACCUCUUGUAUUCUGGCGAUGAUGUUCUUCGGAAUGACCAUGGUGUUGGCGUACUACCUGCCCAUCUACUUCCAGUCCGUGCGAGGCAGAACGGCCAUCAUGAGCGGCGUGGACCUCUUGCCGAACGUCAUCGCUCAGUUGAUUGCGGCCGUGGGGUCGGGUAUCUUGAUGGGUAAAGUCGGUUAUUAUCUCCCCUGGGCUGUCUUUGGUGCUGUCGUCACUACCAUCGGUAAUGGACUCUUGACCACCCUUUCGCCCACCACCUCUACGGGCCGAUGGAUCGGAUAUCAGAUCCUCGUGGGAUUCGGCCGUGGUGCAUGCAUGCAAGUCCCUAUGAUCGCCGUCCAAAACGCCGUCACCCCCACCGACGUCUCCCCCGCCAUGGCAACCCUCACAUUUUUCCAGACCUUCGGCGGCGCAAUCUUCCUCGCCAUCGCGGAGGUGAUCUUCGCCGAAGGUCUGCGCGAAAAGAUCCCCCAGUUCGCGCCCACCGUGAACGCCGAGACAGUGAUUGAGGCUGGUGCCACGGGGUUCCGGGACAUUGUGACGGGGAGCCAGUUGGGUGGGGUACUGUUGGCUUAUGCGAAGAGUAUCGGGGAGAUCUUUUAUAUGCAGAUUGGAUUGGGCGUGGUGGCGCUGAUCGUGGCGUUUGGAAUUGGGUGGAAGGAUAUUCGGAAGAAUGGGCAGAAGAAGCCGGGGGAGGUUAAGGGGGAGGAGAAGGUUUGA